AUGGAUACCACCAAUAAAAAAUCUAAACGAGAACAUUCAAAAGAAGAGUCAAAACGAUCGCCUGCAAAAAGAAAAUUUCGAAAUGAAAAUGAAAAACGUCGACGAGAUUUAUUUAGUCAAUUAAUUUCUAGUUUAGAAAAUAUACUUAAUAUUGAUAAAAAACCAUCGUCUACUGAUCAAACAAGUAAAUUAGAUAAAGCAUCAAUUUUACGUGAAACUGCAGUUUAUUUAAAAAACCGUCAAAAUGAUUUAACAAUUCAAAUAACUGCUCCAUCAACCAGUUGUCGAACAACUAAUGAACAAACUGACGAAGUUGUGGAUUUUUCAUGGAAACCUCCAUCAAAUUUAGUGACAACUGACGAAUGGACUCAAAUAGCUAUAGAAGCGAUGGGCUGUUUUUUUCUUGUGGCAAAACCUGAUCCAUACAAUGGUCAAAUUGUUCAUGUAUCAAAAAAUAUUAGUUCAUUACUUGAUUAUUCUCAUAAUGAACUUCUUAAUCGUUCUUUAUUUGAAUUAAUUUUACCCCGUGAUCAUGAUCAAUUACGUGAUUAUCUUCUAAAAGAUCAUAGAAUUAUUGAAAAAUGUAAUUUAUCUUGGAGACGAGGUACAGCUGAUGAAUGUGAAGAAUGUACAAUUAUUGGAGCAUUUAGACAAGUUAGUAAAAGAAAUGAUGAAAACGAUGAAAAAUAUUUAAUGUCAAUUGUUAAAGUAAAUACAAUAGAUCGGACAUUAACAAUAAAUGAUGAUAAUUCUAUAAAUGAAUUUACAACUCGUUUAAAUCUUCGUGGAAGAUUUGUUCACGUUGAUUCAAAAGCUCGUCAAAUUCUUGGUUAUAGUUCAUAUGAAUUAAUUGGUUAUACAUAUUUUGAUUUUGUUCAUCCAGAUGAUUUAUCAAUAAUGACACGAGCAUAUCAAUUAUGGAAAGAUAAUGGAAGUGGAACAAGUGAACCAUAUAGAUUUUUAAGUAAAGGACAACAAUGGAUUUUUCUUCAAACAACUUGUCAAGCUCAAAUUAAUUCUUGGACAGGAAAACCUGAAAGUUAUAUUUGUACAACAAAUCUUUUGCCAAAUUCAACGAAUUUUUUACAAAAACAACCAUCAACAUUUUCUCAAACAACUAUUUCUAAUAUUCAAUCUCCUUUAACAACAAAUACAGUAUUACUUGCAAAUCAACAAAUAAGAAGUCCAUCAUCAGAUUCACAAAUUACAUCAUUUUUAUCUCAACUUGAUAAUGAAACGUAUCGAACAAAUAUUCGUGAAAAAUUAAAUGAACGUCGAUUAUGUAAACAAGCUGAAAUGCGUGUACGAGAAGAAGAAAUAAAUGUUAUUGAAGAUAUUCUUCAAUUUAUUAAUGAAUAUGAAUCAAAACGUUUAUUAAGAUCUUCAUUAAGAACAACUAAUCCACGUUUACAUAAUCUUCCAAUGAUAAUAAAUAGUCCAUUAUCAUCCUAUCAAACAACGACUAUCAAUCCCGAAGGUUUUAAUAUUCAUCAAUUUGAAACAACUACUGAUCCAACAUUAAUUCAAUCACCAUUAGCUGGUUCUUUUGAAGAAUCAUCUCCUCGAUCUGUUCAUAAUCUCUCAAGAGAACCUCAUCAUCAAAAUCUUCUAAUAAAAGAUGAACCAUUAAUUGAUCCAUUAGCAUCUUCAUUAUUUUCUCCUCAACAAGGACCAUUUAGUAUUCCAUCUCCAACAACACCAUUUUCCAUUCCAUCACGUCCAUCACCAAUGACACCAGCACCAUUAUCUGUGUCUCCAAUAUCAUCAUCACCAUAUCCUCGUUCAAUAUCACCUCCGAUUAAUACUUCUGCAACCAAUGAUGCUACUAAUGUAAUUCCAUCAACAGCAUCAUCAUCAUCAUCAUCAUCUUCUUCUUCAACAGAACAGACUACAAAAAAAUCCUCAUAUAAUCGUUCAUUACCUAAAAGUCUUGUUUCAUAA